CGAGGCACAUCUACCCAUUUCCGAAUUAACUCCGUCGCUGAAGGCAGCACCGUGUGUUCGUGACUUUAUUUCGUCAGAGAUACUGCCAUCGGUGCCGUUCCUUUUCGGGAUUGUGUGUAGAUCCAUCGUUAUUUAUGCCUUACUUCUAGACGAAGCAAAAGGGUUCUCGCUACGCCGCAAAAACUUUGCUUCUUUCGCGUUCCGUGAAUCCGGUGCUCUACGAGAAACUGUGCGCGACGAAGAACGCAGCUCAAAUUUCCCCUCCUGCCCCACAAGUGUCCCAGCCGUGGACGUCUAGUCAUUCUCUGGUCAUGCUUUUCUGGCGUCCGCUGACCGCGUCCCCGCAACGCACAAAGCUGUUACUCGUCCUUCUGAUCGCCCUUGUGACGGGCCCCACGCAGUGCAAAUGCUCACCCAACGACACCGACUCACAAGAUGAGACAACAACAGCAACAACAAUCAGCACCACGCUUUCGACAGCGGAACUGGAGGUCAACUACGUAAAGAUGCUAAAGGAGUGGAUCGGAAGUGCAAUCGACCAGUCUUCCCCCACGUUCACCCGCAAGCUUCUAAAGGCCGAGGUGUCGACUGAGUGCAGCUUCGGCCUUCUCAAGCUGGUGCGAGCCAUCAAGAACCUCGAUCCCUGGGCUAUCAGGUUGCUUGAUGCUACCGGCAAGUAUCCGACGGGAGCGUUCCAGGCGACCCGCUCCGACUUCGGUGCCUUCGAUGAGUGCCUGGAGACAGUACUGCUAGACCGCGACGGAGACGUGGAGGCCCGCGGCCAGUACUGCAGCCUGCUCAUCUACGCUCGGAACAACACCGAGGCUGAGAACCAGGUGCUGCCGGCCAUCGAGAUGAUCCAUCCCAAGGUAGGUCAUCGCCUUGGCGUCGUCGGAAUGGGUUGUUAA